AUUCAUGCAGUAAUAUGGCAGAAGCCAGAUUUUCCCAGGAUGAGUUUAUGUGUCCAGUGUGUCUGGAUCUCCUGAAGGAUCCAGUGACGAUCCACUGUGGACACAGUUACUGUAAGAGCUGUAUUACAGGCUGCUGGGAUCAGGAGGAUCGGAUGAAAGUCUAUAGCUGCCCUCAGUGCAGACAGACCUUCGCUUCAAGACCUGCUUUAGCUAGAAACACCAUGCUGGCUGAAGUGGUGGACAAACUGAAGAAGAUUAAACUUCCUGCUGACUGUUACGCUGGAGCUGGAGAUGUGCAAUGUGACGUCUGUACUAGAAAGAAAUACAAAGCCGUCAAGUCCUGUCUGGUGUGUCUGAACACUUACUGUCAGAAUCACCUUGAACAACAUGAGAGUUUGUUUGAAGGAAAGAGACACAAUUUGACUGAUGUCACUGGACGACUGCAGGAGAUGAUCUGCCAUGAACAUGAGAAACAUCUAGAAAUGUACUGUAUUACUGACCAACAAUGUAUUUGUGUGCUGUGUACAAAAUAUGAACAUAAAAACCACAACACUGCAUCAGCUGCAGCACAGAGGACAGAAAAACAGAAACAGCUGAAGGAGACACAGAGGUUGUUCCAACAGAGAAUUCAGCAGAGAAAGAAAGAUCUUCAGCAGCUGAGAGAGGCUGUGAAGUCUCAUAAGCGCUCUGCACAGACAGCAGUGCAGGACAGUGAGAGGAUCUUCGCUGAACUCAUCCGCUCCAUUGAGAGAAGCCGCUCUGAGCUGAUACAGCUGAUCAGAGAUCAGGAAAGGGCUGCAGUGAGUCAAGCUGAAGGACGACUGGAGCGACUGAGGCAGGAGAUCAAUGAUCUGAGGAGAAGAGAUGCUGAACUGGAGCGGCUUUUACACACACAGGAUCACAUUCAGUUUCUGCAGGGUUUCCAGUCUCUCUCAGCACCUCCUGAACCUACAGAUGUAAAUGUCAGUCCAUUCAUUUUUCUCUUUUCUUCUGAUGGCCUGAAAGAAUCUGUCCAUCAGCUGAAAGACAAACUGGAAGAUUUCUGCAAAGAGGAGCUCAAGAAGAUCUCAGAAAAAGUCACAAUCACCAACAUUGUUCUGUGGACCAGAAAUGACUUCUUACAAUAUUCCCAUCAACUCACUCUGGAUCUGAACACAGUGAAUAAAUAUCUUCGUCUCUCUGAGAGGAACAGAGUAAUUACGGACACAGAGCAGCCCUAUCCUGAUCAUCCAGACAGAUUUGAUGUAUUUCAGGUGUUGUGUAGAAACAGUGUGCGUGGACGCUGUUACUGGGAGAUUGAGUGGAGUGGAGAUUAUGGUGUGUAUAUAUCAGUGUCAUACAAGAGCAUAUGUAGGAAGGGAGGAGGUGAUGAGUGUGGGUUUGGAUAUAAUGAUCAGUCCUGGAGUUUGUCCUGCUCUCCCUCCAGAUACUCAUUCAGACACAAUAACACAGAGACUGAACUCCCUGUAAAGUCCAUCUGCAGUAGAAUAGGAGUGUUUGUGGAUCACAGUGCAGGAACUCUGUCCUUCUACAGCGUCUCUGACACAAUGAGCCUCAUCCACACAGUCCAAACCAAAUUCACUCAGCCACUCUAUCCUGGGUUUGGAGCUUAUUAUUAUGGAUCAUCAGUGAAACUGUGUUGA